UUUUGGAAUAAUGUGAAGGGGUAGGCCUAUAGCCUAAAUUGAAUUGUCAAGGCUUGCUUGAAGGCUAGUCUGCUCAGUUUAAAAUCACCCUCGCUCUUUCUCUCUUCUCUCACAACCUGCCUGGAUGAGAUCAGUUCAAUUUGGUUUCGCAUAUGGGAUUUGAUUGCCUUUUCGAUUGGCAUCAAGUCUGGCUAGACAUUUUUACCCAUUUGGCUAUUCUCUGGAUUAAUUGCGUGCGCUUGAAUCUGUGGAACCGUUUGAGGAAAUCAAGCGAUUUUUAUUUUAUUUUUGCGGUUCAAGUGGUUCAGUAGCCUAUUCUCUGGCUCAUUGCGAUUUGUGUAGGUCGUGAAGCUUCGUCUGCCUGGUUAUUUUUUUUAUACAGUAGCCUAUAUGGACUGGAUACUCACAUUUGCCAUCUUUAUUUUUCCAUAUUGAGCCAUGUUGGCUUUGCGCAAUAUAACUUUUUUGUGCAUGGGUUCUUCAUCCUUCAAAUGUGGUGUUUCUAGAUUUUUAUCAUAAUUCUGCGUUGGUUCGCCACUCAUGCGCUAUGGGAGGUUGAGUGAGUAGCAAAUUAGCAGAUGAAUAGGUGUCCUAUUCACGAUUUGCCAAGUCUGUUUACAAUGUACAAUGGGGACUAAACAGACGAAGGGAGCCGCGUCGGACACCGGCGGGUCUUGCUCACUAUUCAGCGCUUGGAGACGGACGCAGAGCUCGUUCAGCCGGUGGUCUUCGGGUGAUCGGCUGGGACGCAGCGGGGCUCCUCCACCCUACCAGAAACGCAUCAGUAUGAUCCAGGAGGUGUUUGUGAUGGCUAGGGAGGGGAGACAAGAGGACGCCACGGAGCUGCUGAAGACACUCCGACAGGAUCUAGGCAUGGAGUCCACGUCUCUGGACGAUGUUCUGUACUGCUACGCCAGCUUCAGGAACCUGGUAGAUCCUAUCACCCACGACCUCAUCAUCCGCUUGGCCAGAUACGUGACCUGCCCCAAGACGGAACAGGAUUUCCUGGGUGCUAUGGAGAAGGUGUGUCGUCAGUUGAUGUACCACCUGAGCCCUCACUCCCAGUGGCGCAGGCAGGGGCUCCUGAAUAGCAAGCCUCAGCCCAGUCUGAAAGCCACCCUCUCUUCCCCUCCCGUGGGCGGUACUGUGGACCUCUCUGGCGUGCCACUGGGUGUACGGGACACGGAACGCCUGGCCGCACACCUUUGCCUGCACGCCGCCCUUGUGCGAAGCCUCGAGUUGGGCUUCACCGAGCUCACAGACCAGGCACUGCUAUUGCUGCUGCCCACGCUGUCCACGCUGCCCUACCUCCAAACGCUGGCACUCAAUGGCAACCGGCUGACGCGCGUCGUCCUCCGCCAGCUCACCGACACCCUCAAGGACCCGCGCUGCUUCCCCGCCCUCACCUGGAUGGACCUGGGCAAUAAUGUGGACAUCUUCUCCCUCCCCCAACCCUUCCUCAUGGGCCUGAGGAAGCGCUGUCCCAAGCAGGGCAAGCUGCCCACCAUACAGGAACAGGGAGAGGCCCAGGGACAGGGGGGCCAUGCCCAGGGAGAAGACCCAAAUGGCAGGCUACCAGAGGAAAGAGCUGGGGUCUCUAAUGAGUGGCAGGGAUCGAGGACACUGGACGAGACAGAGGAGUUAGAGGGUGAACUAUGGGACUAUAACAUGAGGACGCACGAGAUUGAAAGCAGUGAAACGAAGAGUAAGGAAAAGAGAGAUCCAAUGAAUGGAGACAGAGGACAAAAUUAUUUAAAGAGCGUUGCGUCCCGUGGCAGGGAGAUUGAUGAUCACGGGUCCCCUCAGUCAACCAAUCUGAACUGAAAAAUUAUUUUUGGCUGUGUAUUGAGUGAGGUGAAACAUUCAGAAAAUUGCAGAUAGAAACGUCAUGAAGAGAGCUGACACCUUUCCCUAUUCUGCAUGACAGAUCAUUUCUACACAAAACAUUACUAUCUGUAACAUAGUUCUCUUCUGAGCAGGCCCCUGAUACAUGGGUAUUAUUAACACCUCUAGAAUUGCAAUAUUUUGGUAAUUUUUCCAAAAUUCCCAGGUUUUCCAGGUUGGAAGAUUCCCGGGAUCAGGAGGGAAUGAACUUGGGAAUUUGGGAAGAUUCCAGAGAUUCAAGAAACCACAAUUUGCAACCUUACACCUUCCUGUGUACAUACAGUAUGAGGCUGAAAGAUAGGGUGAGAUUACAGAGGGUGCCUAGUCUGAACUAAUGUCUCUCACCCAGGGGUGCAAGUAGAUUUAAUUUCUUACCGGUACGUGACCUACUAUGUGUGCACGCCGUAGGCCUAGUAAACACAACCAGUUACAACGUUUUCAUCUGAUUGUCAAACAAUAACUUAACAAAAGGCGCUCCUGUUGGCUAGCCACACACGUUUGUCCACUCACAAAAUAAUUCCAGCAGCCAAACAGUGCACUGUACACCCACAAUUUGAUAAAUGGAUAAAUACAUCUGUUACAAAAAAAACUAAGUGAUUGUCAUUAGGCCCAAUACACUUGUAGCCUGAAUUGAUGUGUCCACUGCUUUAUGCACAAGUCUGUCAUCAAAUCAAACUUUAUUUGUCACAUGCAACGAAUACAACAACAGCAUAAUAACAAAACAAAACAAAAAAUUCAUCCAAGUUAAAUUGGAGAAAGUAUUUUACACCAUUUUAAAGAUAAAAUUCUCGUUAAUCCAGCCACAGUGUCUGAUUUCAAAAAGGCUUUACAGCGAAAGCACCACAAACGA